GGGGAGGCGGCACAUCCGGUGAAACGUGUUGCGGUCGGGAGAGUAUUUUGGUAACUGGAGACAGCGCGCGGUUGUCAGUUGGGGCUGAGAAGCGGAGGCCGUUAUCGAGUGGGGUUUGGAUGGUGCUGGACGGCAGCCGGGAGGGAGGAGCCGGGAACAGCGAGAGGAGGAUGUGAGCUCCGCUCAGUCCCCCCAAGAACACACGAGCGAGAAACCAGGACCCGCCUCGGGAAGCGCCCGCUAUGGCCGGGAAGCCGGCGAAUGGUGGCUCCGUGCCCAACACGGCGUGCCUGGAGGGUCUGCCGCCUCUGCCCAAGAGCCUGAGCGGUUUGCUGAACUCCAGCGGCGGCUCCUGGCGAGAGAUGGAGCGCAUGUACGCCAAGAGGAGCAUGAUCCAGGACGACCUGAGCCGGGCCCGCACCAGCACCCGGCACAGCGCGCAGCCCAGCAAACCGGCCAACCUGGACGCCGCUUUAGCCCUACUCCGGAAAGAGAUGGUUGGCCUUCGCCAGCUAGAUAUGUCUUUGCUGUGUCAGCUGUGGUCUCUCUAUGAGUCUAUUCAGGAAUAUAAAGGAACCUGCCAGGACUUGUCAGCUGCAGCGAAUUCUGAUUGCGCCUAUGGAAUGGAAAAUGGCUACUUUGAUGAAGAAGAAGAAUAUUUCCAGGAACAAACCAUUGUAAAAAAUGGGAAGGAUGAUGUAGAAGUCAAUCUUGCAGUGCCUAAAACUCAAAAUUCUAGAGACCAGUGGAUGCAGGAUUCUUUUCAUAUCACCAUCUAGCCAAGGAUGAGUAGCUUUGACCUUCACACUGUACUUGUACAUUAUAUUGUACUUUAUUCUGAAAUGUAUCUGAGUGAGUCAGGAUCAGAAUUGUUAAAGUUCAAUAGCAGGUUUUACUGAAGCCUAAACAGCUAGAAGCAAAUGCUGCUAAAGUACCUCUCAAGCUGAGUCUUCUAUAGCUUUAAAAUUAACGCGGUACUUUUUUGACGAACUUGAUACUUUAACAGAUUAUAUACACUUUUUGGAAAUAGCAAAUGUUUUGCAUUAAAUUUCUUCUUGGAGAAUCGAAGGCAGACAUUGACUUUCUUUUGUUACUGGAUCAUGGACGCUAUUUCUGGAGGUUGGAACUGCUGUGCUGGAAUAUGUUACUCAAUAUUCAUAACCAAAAAAGCAGCUUUAACCUUUAUCCUGCUGAGUAAGUUAGAACUCUUUAGAUUGAAUAUAAUAAACACUGUGCUUAUUGGUUUAAGGGCUGAGGAUUUUUCAAUAAGAUUUUGUAAAUUUAGCCUUCAGUAAAUUGACUCAUCAUAUGUUUUGGUGUGAAAUGUGUAUCAAAAGGAGUGAAAAGCUUGUCUUAUCUUGCUGCAUGUGCACUUCGUAUACGCUGACCAUAAAUGCUGUUGUUAAUAAUCUGGUAGCCCGUGCCAGACUGUUUUACCUUCCUGUGCUGUGAAGCAAUUCCUAAGAAAUACAAAUUGAAAGCCUACUAAAUACUGUAGAACACUGAAUGUGUCUGCCUAGACAAAUGAAGGUCAAUAUAACAAAUAUUGUAGGUUUGUAUAUCCUCAUGAUAGCCACACUUCCAUUUCAACUGUUACUUUCAUGGCAGAUUCUAUGUUGUACAAGAUCUGAUGAUCCCACAUAUGUAUGCUUACAAAAUGCAAAUAGUAGUAUAGAGGUGUGGCAAUUGAAAAUAUAUCAAUAUCUCUGGAAAUUGGUAAGAUUAGAGUGAUAACCGAGAAAUCUACUGAUCAGAACCAUUAUUAAUAAAUGCAUCAUUGAUUGAAAAUGUUUCUUCAGCUAGUAUCAAGUAAUUUGAGCACAGUUGGAUUGAGAUAAAUGUAGGCUUAAUAUAGAAGCUGGAUGACUCAUUUAUUCACCUUAGCAAUGUUUAUUGCAGUAUAAACUAUAUCAACGUGACCCUCACCAGUAUUUUAACCAAGUUCCAUAAACUAUAUUCAACAUUCUACUUGAACUUUUGGUAGAAAUGUUCUCCUCAAUUAUAUGUAGCACUCUUAUUGUUAUGAAUUGUAUUUAUUUUUUUCAUGGCAUAAUUUUAAAACUCUACUUCUGCUGGGCUAUUGUUAUUUUAAAAAAAGUAUAUGGACUCUUAUCAUUUUAUGCAGCCAAGCAGAGGGGAUGUGAGCUUCCUUAAGGAGUUGGAUGCUUUUAUAAUUUUUUUUUAUUCUACACAAAGUUAACUGUGCAAACAACACUAUUUUAAGCAAUUAUGAUUGUAUAACUUCUAUGAUGACUAUACAAUUUCUUUAAUUUCAUAUUUUAUAACUGAUUUUUAUGCAGGGUUUUAUGGUGCUGAACGGUCGAUACGUCUAUUUUUAAAUCUUUGAAUCUAUUUCUAAUUUAUAAAAAAAAGUGCUGAAUUCUAAUUCAAUAGUUGUAUUUAAAUAUUUUUGUCACCUUUUCCAGAUAAUGAUGCUGUUUAAUAUCUCUUCACAUACCUUGCACAUCCUAUGGCUAUAUCUGAUAUUUCAGGGCACCAUUGGGUGUCAAACUAGGGAAGCUGAAACUGCAGGUGGUGCAUUCAGAUAUUCUGUCAUUCAAAUGCUUUAAAAUCUUGUUAAACACUUCCUUAUGCACUGACCGUAGCCUCAAAGUGUGUCACUGGUCUUGCUAAUUCACUCUGAUUUUGUUUAUUCCAUUGAAUGGAUGUCUGCUAAUCACACCAACUAUAAACUAGUUGAUUUUAUUAUUCAUGGCAUAAGUUUAACCAUAAUGUAACAGAACUAAUAAUGAUUUAUAGGUUUCUUAUUUAUACUGUGUGAUAAAAUUGCAAAUUCAAUGAGUCUUCCUGUUUACCAGAAUUUUCCAUUUUGUCCUUGUGCUGACAAAUGUGCUUGAAUAAAAAUGGUUUUCUUGGCAA